UCAAACCAUGAAUGGCUGAACCCAGAUAAGGCACAGUGCAUAGAAUCGUAGAGAAUUAGUUGUCGUUGUUGAUCAUUGUCGAUGUCAAUUAACAACCACCAUUAAGCCAUUAUCAUAUACCAUUAAUGGAAAUACUAAGUAGCAACCACCCCAAGAUCUUCUUUUCAAUUCUGAAGCUUAUGUACAUGUCAUAAUUUAACAAACUUGCAUACACAGGUUUUCAUGGCUGCAUUUCUCAUGUGUUACAAAACGCUCUACAAGGACCAAAAUCUGCCAGCCCAAAAUGUAGUGAAGCAUAAUGAGAAGAGGCUCAUGUAUGAGUGUGAUAACAUGAUGAGGACCAGCUCUUCAAUUCCUGGUCAUGUUUGCAGAAGUUGCCAACCGUGGAAUAAAGUCAACAAUGUCCUCACAAAAUCAAACACAAAUGAGAAGAAUGUACCUAGGUGCACAUUUCUUGAAAGAGGUUCUUUGCACAAGCAUGUGACAAAACUUUGUGGUUCAAAGAUAGAAAACCUUCACAGAGUUAGGUGUUCAGCAGAGUCUAGCUCUGCUGAGAAGCAACUAAGGUCAUUAGACUCUUAUUUUCGAAAACUCCAAGAUAAUGCAAAAUUGCGUACAUUUGAUUCAUCACACAAGUUGAUACAGGUGCAUCACAUAGAGGGUGCUACAUCAAAAACUGCAUUGGAGUCUCUUGAUGAGUAUCUUAGCAAACUAAAUAUUGGCACAAACCAACAAUCUCGUAUGCCAUCUUAUGUUGAGAAUCUUAAUGAAGAAAAUUUAGCACCAAAGCAAUCUCUCAGCAAAGACAUUGAAAGAUCAAACUUUAGGAAACGAAAUGCUUAUGUGGAUAUAAGAAGACUAAAAGGUGUACAAGGUCCAAGGUCUGCUAUAGAUUCACAGCAACAUGAUGAAACCUCCAAUCUCUACCUAAUUGGCAUAUUGGCUUCUGUAAACAUUGCAGUGUUUCUAUUUGAAAUGGCAAGCCCUAUAAGGAAUGCUGAUUUAGAGCUGUUUUCCAUCCCACUACUAUAUGGAGCAAAGAUAAAUCAAUUGAUCAUGGUUGGAGAAUGGUGGAGGCUUGUAACACCAAUGUUUCUGCAUGCAGGAAUAUUUCACAUGGCUGUUAGUUGUUGGGCCCUUGUAACAUUUGGGCCUCAAGUUUGCAAAGGCUAUGGUUCAUUUACAUUUUUGUUGAUCUACAUAUUGGGUGGAGUUGCUUGCAACUUCACAAGUUUUCUACAUACACCAGAUCCCACUGUUGGUGGAACUGGACCUGUAUUUGCAAUAAUUGGUGCUUGGCUCAUGUAUCAAAUUCAAAACAAAGAUGUUGUUGCAAGUGAUGCUUCAGAGAGCCUGUUCCAGAAGGCAGUUAUCAUUACAGCUCUUAUUUUCAUAUUAAGCCACUUUGGUCCAAUUGACGAAUGGUCACACUUUGGAGCAACCUUCUCAGGCAUGGCAUAUGGCUUUCUAACUAGUCCAAUACUUCAAUUGAAUAAUACAUCAUCAUCAGGAACUGGUCAAGAAGAAGGACUCAAACUUGUUAGAAAAUAUGGUGAUUCUUGCAAAUCACUUUUCAUAUUCACCAUAUUCAUCAUUGUUUUAGGCUCAUUCCUUUUCUUCAUGGAUCCCCCACCAAAUGCACUGGCCUCUGCCAAUGUAGCAGCUGCUGACGCAUUAGAAUAUAUGCUUAUAUUUGGCUGAUGCAACAACAUGUCAUAAGGUUUCUGAAAGAUUUAUUACCUUGUAGAAGAUUAGUGGCAACUUCCCUACAAUAAGAGAUAUACGUUGUAAAAUAGGCAGAAAAAAGUGAGAAGUGCAUGAGAGGGACUUAUAUCACUUAGAUUAGGCUCUGCUGUUUAUUCUAGAAUAAACGUAUUAUAGUGUUACAAAAAUAUAAUUGUAUAAGGUAAGUCCCCGACCCAAUAAACUAUAUGUUAUACCAUCACCAGUAUUUUCAAGAGUA